AUGCUUUCUUUACCAAACGACAUCCAAUUACUCAUCAUAGAAAGCGUUAAUACCAAAAGCGCCCUCAAGGCUCUCUGUCUAACAUCGCAACAUCUCCGCACCCUCAGCUUGCCGCUACUGUACCACACCGUCCACCUGCGUACAUGGGACCAGGGCCACAAGCAUCUGGUAUGCUUCGCCAAAAGCAUCGCUGCUGGUGCUGGUCGUCAUUUACGUCACACACGAAGCCUGUCAUUUGAAGAUGAUCGGCCUUCCUCAGCACCAGAAUCCAUCUUGACGGAACCCUCGGACAACACGCGUUUGGGAUUUCGCGUGAACCAGGACUUCACAGCAAGAGACGAGCAUGUAUACCUCGUGCUGGCCAUGUUUCCAGACCAUUGUUUGCAUACUUUCCGGUAA